AUGCUUGCACAUUCACGACCAGUCCCAUCAUGGUACCGCAGUUUUUACGAAAAGUACGUGGCCGACCCUGACUUGUUAGACGCGAAAUCUCAGGGCACAGAUGGUCCGCCUGCCUCAGACGAGAUAUACCAUAUCCUCGUCACAUCCUCUCACCUCGGAGCGAAAGAUCCUAACCAGCAAGUCGAGAGAUUGAGGAUUGUCGGCACUUACGACUCGGUACCUCUCGCCAGAGCUGCUGGCCACCGCGCUCUAUUCGAUGCUGGCUACGAAGGCGAGUUCUUCAAAGCCUAUGGCGUGACUCCCGCUUUCUUUGAAGCUCAAAAGGUACCAGCGCAGAACCAAAGUGGUCUCCUUGUUCAUGCUGUAGCACAAGAUGAAACUAUCUUUCAAGUUCGUCUGCUGACUACCGCGAAUGACGCCAAGUGGACGCACCAGUUCGAGGAUGGCAGGAUCUGCAGGGGCUUGUACUAUGUCGUGAAGACUACCACCAAUUACAAUGAUGGAUCCGAGGGUGAGGCGAAAAGGAUUUAUAGUAUCGAGGGUGUGUUCGAGAAAUAUGUGGAAGCUAGAAAGCUGGCCCUCGAUGCUCUACUCGUCGAAGCGGACGGCAUUACUCGGGAAAGCUUUGCUCAGUACGAGGAGGUCGCUGGCGAUGAGCGAGACUGCGGAUAUGGUGAAAAUGUGUUGGUCCAUGCUACGGGACAAGAUGGUGAGAAUUAUUCUAUUGCUGUGGUCCAAGGUCAGGUACUUGAGUCGGUCAGGUUGAUGGAGGCAAGCAUGAGAAUUCGAUAG